CUUCUCUCAUCGGAAUCGUCCACACUCUGCACGUUCAUUAAAAAUGAGUGUUCAUAACGCAACACAAUGCUGUCUUCCUUGGAGAGGGGACUGAAUUCUUAAAGAAUGUGUAACAAAUACGAUUUUUGCACUCCUUCCAUUUCCAAGAAAUGCCGUGCACCAUUAGCCAGUAGCCCGACCCACAGACCGGCCGCUACCGCUGGUUGAUUCAAGCCGUGGACCCGUGUGAGUGCACGGAGAUCGGAAUGGGUGGCCUCAACACCUUCGUACCGUACAGACCCUACGAGGUGACGUACUAUGACACCUUUCUGAUCAGCAGCGAUCCUGAGGAGAUACAGCAAUGGCUGAACUGCACUGGUAAGCUUUCUUGCUCUCUGGAGGGACCUCUCGGGAUGGAAGAUGGUCGCACCCCGGAUGAACGCAUCACAGCUUCGUCUUUUUGGCAAAACCGCGCUGACCACGCCCCACCCAGGGCCAGGCUUAAUACUCAAGGAUACGCUGCAGCAUGGUGUAACGCUGGCAUCACUGAUAAUAUCAGUCCAUGGAUACAGGUUGACUUCAAUGACACAGUCACCAUCACUGGUCUGAUCACCCAGGGGCGCGGAGAUCACGACCAAAGGGUGACGGAGUACCAAGUGACGUACAGCGAUGACGGUCAGUCCUGGAAUUACGUGACUGAUGCAGACGGCACACCAAUGAAGUUCCCUGGUAACACAGAUAGGACCACCCUGGUAACUACUCGCCUGCCGUUUGCCUUGCGCACCAGAAUCCUGCGCAUUCACCCCACUGAAUGGCACGACCAUUGCAGCAUGAGGUUUGAAUUGAUUGGCUGCUAUUAGUCAAACUAUUUACGAUGUUAUUUACAUGAAUAUUUAUUUUUUGCUUGUAAAUAUUGGCUCUUAACUAACUAGAAUUGUAUGAUUGCCAUUUAACAUUUUAUCAUGUCGUAAAUUUUAUCAAACGUAGACGAUGAAUUUUUUCAGAAACUUUUCUUGAGUAUGUUAGUAGGGACAACUAGUAACUGAAUCAAUGUAAGGAUCCCACUUUUAGGAAGUGUUGCCACUGUAUUAUGCACUCGGACAAAACACUGAUUACAUUGAAGAUAGAAACCAGUACUUAAGAUCUUACACGAAUCAUUAAGAUUUAAUUGGAUUUCAAAAAGAUUGAGUUAAAAUUCAAAAUAAGAGUAUUUUUUUUCUGAUUAAGUAACUGUAAUUUUUAUUACAUAAUUAUUUGGUUAAAAUUCCAAACUGAAGUCAAAUUUACAAAAUGUCUAAAUUUCCACGCGCGUUCAGGAAGUGGACCCCGUCACUGCUGUCCUUCCUCCAUAGCACACAAAUGAGUCGGUGGUAAUUGAUAACAGGUUUGAAUGAUGAGCUUACGUGCAAAUUAGGCACAAGCACGUGAAUGUCACGUGAAAACGUGACAUAAGCGCCUUCAGUACCUAUUGUUGGUAGAUACGUGCGCUUUAUAAGACUCCGGAAUUAUAUAACAAAUAGUGACACGGAGCGAGUUAACUCAAAAUAACUCGGUCAAAUAAUGUAAAAUGCUCACAAAGACCCACCAACAGCAUCUACAAAAUGCCACCCAUUAUAUAAAUAGAGUGAUCGCUGAGAAACGAUCUACCUUAAAGUUAAAAGUGUGACGAAAGGCCGGCGAAAGGCCAGUGACGUCGCAGCAGCAUGGCGACCCACAGCAAGAGACCGUCAAUAGUUUGUGCACAUAAGCUGCGCACCUAGCAACAAGAUCCGAAGCCUUCUGCAAACAACGCCCAAAAACAUGAAGUGCAUUAUAUCCAUAUAGAACUAUAUUAAAUUUAAUAUAGCUCUAUCAUUGAACUAUUCUUGUUGAUCCAUGUUUAACAGAGAUUAGAACGCAAGUACUUAAACACAAGAUCUAUUGGAGUAUAAUGUUAGACUUCCGAUCAAAGAUUUUUGGGGCACCAAGUCAACAUUGGAUACAUACACCCUGCAUUCUGUCGGGGUCACAUGCAAAUGAGGGCAUAUGCAAAUAAUAUGUGAUAAGGGAAAUCCCAUACCCCUACAGUAUCAAAUACAAAUUAAGAGUUUCAAGAAUUGUGUCAACUUCUAUUAUAAUAGGGUGCCUUCGGCACUUUGCACUCUUAUUUAACUGAAACGCACAAUGUUUACGAUGGAGAAAUAAAAGAGACAAUUGAGUGACAUCGAUAUUUCAAAGAGUGUCGCCGAGUGAAAUAGCAUGGUAGCCAAUUCUGAUGCAGCUC